GAAUAGUGUCGCUGUCAGGAGCGUUGGAGACAGAUGAAGGGGAGUUGAUAGAUGGAAAGCAGGACAGAAGGAUAGAGGACAGGAAGAGAAGCUGCGUCAUGUCUACUCACAGUUACACUCACUGAGAGUUAGCUCAACUAUCCCCGCCUCUGUUCCCGGGCUUUGUGUCGUGUCGCUUCGCCUUUUUCUGCAAAGUUAUGGAGCGCAGAACACAUCAGGUCUGAGUGUUCCAGCUGUCCGCGUGCCGACGUUCUUCUGAACAGUCCUUCAGUUUCCUAGAGUAGCUCCGGAGGAACGUUUUGUCUCAGCCUUGGAGGGCCCCCAUCAUCAUGGUGAACAGCCAAGCGUCAGGCGUGCCGUCGGCCCCCAGGUCGUGUGCAGGGUGCGGGGGAAAGAUCGCCGACCGCUUCCUGCUCUUCUCCAUGGAGCGCUAUUGGCACACUCGCUGCCUCAAGUGCUCCUGCUGCCAGGCCCAGCUGGGAGACAUCGGCACCUCCUGCUACAGCAAAGGGGGCAUGAUUCUGUGUCGGAGUGACUACAUCAGACUGUUUGGGCACAGCGGGGCGUGCAGCGCCUGCGGACAGUCGAUCCCCGCCAACGAGAUGGUGAUGAGGGCACAGGGAAACGCUUACCACCUGAAGUGUUUCAGCUGUGCCACCUGUCGGACCAGACUAAUGCCUGGCAAUCACUUCCAUUACAUCAACGGUACAAUCUUCUGUGAACACGACAGACCUGGCAUCUUGUUGCUCAACAGCCACCUGCUCCCCCUCCAGAGCAGCUCUGUGCUGACAGACCAGAAGGUGAGCCACUGCAGAGCCAUCUGUACCCCACAGCACCCCCCCCACAUGUCUGACUUCUCCUGGGGUAUGCUGAGGUGCCUGCUUCUUGAUGUUGUUGUGAUUUCUCCUCACUGCCCCGCCCCUCUUCCCCAGGAGGGAGGACACCGUUGCUUACAAGAUCCCGGUCCGUCACCGCAUCGGAAACUAUACGCCACAUCACAUUUAUGUCGUGUUCAAUGUUGUCUGUGCAUCAUGCAAAGACUUUGUGUGUGAUUUGCACUGGCAAAAUGCUUCUUUGGGACUGAAAGAAAGCCAAAGGAAAACGAUAAGGAUGAAAGCCUGCGCCAACUGGAAAAGAGGGAAUAAAAGACGCUUGAAUGAACAUUCGAUGGACUGCUGUAAAAUGACUGUCAAAGCUUUGCUUAUGCCAUGUGGCAAAUAUUUUCCCUGAGCGUCAGUGUUUUUAAUGAACUUGAUCUCUCUCUUGUAUAAAUUAAUCUGAGAUCUCACACUCCGCGGAUUGAAUAUAAUAUGUAUGGGUGUUAGGUAAAAAUGUUCAGUCGUAAAAAACCUUGUAAUAAGAUUUUAAACUAUUUCAGAGUUAAGAUUCAAACUUAAAAAAAAAAUCUAAAAUCUAAUGUUUCUGUAUGAUGAACAAACUGAAUGAACCAGUGAUGUUUUUUUUUUUCUUCCGUAGAGUUUUAUUUCUUUAUCAGAUGUCUGUUCAAUGAGUGAAAAACAACUGUGCCGUUUUAAAUGAAAAUCCUAUUAAAGCGGUUUUUCUGUAACAUGUCACAAAGCAAGCUGAGGUCAUUUUGAAGCCCGAGCGGCAUUACAGAGACAUUGUAUUGCAUGGUACGUAACACGCUGGAAGUGACUGUCUCUCUCACUCUAUUUAGCCCUGUAUGGUGAAAACAUGCCUGAUUACCCUGAGGAAUGGAAUUAGGGGGCUUGAGCUCUGACCAUUUACAGAAGCAAAACAUGAGCCCUGUAUCUGCUGCUGGAGCUCCUCAGAGGCUGAACUCGAGGCACAUCCCGCGGCUGACUGGCUCGGUGGCUGGCUGCCUCUAAUAAGGACUAAUCUGAAAGCAGGCUAAUUAAAGGGGAGUGGCCCCUCUAUAUUCAGGGCAUUUGAAAGAAUCUGAUGUAUUUAUUGUUUACCAUGUUCUAAUUAAAGCUCCAACACAGGCUGG